UAUAAUAUGGAUUUAGAACUUGACGAUUAUUAUAACAAGACACUUGCCACAGAGAACAAUACUACUGCCACUCGGAAUUCUGAUUUCCCUGUCUGGGAUGACUAUAAAAGCAGUGUAGAUGACUUGCAGUAUUUUUUGAUUGGUCUGUAUACAUUUGUAAGUCUUCUUGGCUUUAUGGGGAAUCUACUUAUUUUAAUGGCUCUCAUGAAAAAGCGCAAUCCGAAGACUACAGUAAACUUCCUCAUAGGGAAUUUGGCAUUCUCUGAUAUCCUGGUGGUUCUGUUUUGUUCUCCUUUCACCCUGACCUCUGUCCUCCUGGAUCAGUGGAUGUUCGGCAAGGUCAUGUGCCAUAUCAUGCCCUUCCUCCAAUGUGUGUCAGUUCUGGUUUCAACUUUAAUUUUAAUAUCCAUCGCCAUUGUCAGAUACCACAUGAUAAAACAUCCUAUAUCUAACAAUUUAACAGCAAACCAUGGCUACUUCCUGAUAGCCACUGUCUGGACACUAGGCUUUGCGAUUUGUUCUCCACUUCCAGUGUUUCACAGUCUGGUGGAACUUCAGGAAACCUUUGGCUCCACAUUGCUGAGCAGCAAGUAUUUAUGUGUAGAGUCGUGGCCAUCAGAUUCAUACAGAAUUGCUUUUACUAUCUCUUUAUUGCUAGUUCAGUAUAUUCUGCCCUUAGUUUGUUUAACUGUGAGUCAUACAAGUGUGUGCAGAAGUAUAAGCUGUGGGUUGUCCAACAAAGGAAACACGCUGGAAGAAAAGGAGAUGAUCAAUUUAACCCUUCAUCCAUCGAAGAAGAGUGGACCACAGGUGAAACUCCCUAAUAGUCAUAAAUGGAGCUACUCAUUCAUCAGAAAACACAGAAGAAGGUACAGCAAGAAGACAGCGUGUGUGUUACCUGCUCCAGCAAGACCACCUCCAAACAGGCAUUCAAGAACAGUUCCAGAAAACUUUGGCUCAGUGAGAAGUCAGCCAUCCUCAUCCAGCAAGUUCAUCCCUGGGGUCCCCACCUGUUUUGAGAUGAAGCCUGAAGAAGUCUCAGAUGUUCAGGAAAUGAGAGUAAACCGUUCUAUCAUGAGAAUCAAAAAGAGGUCUCGAAGUGUGUUCUACAGACUCACCAUACUGAUCUUAGUGUUUGCUGUGAGUUGGAUGCCUCUACACCUUUUCCAUGUGGUGACUGACUUUAAUGAUAACCUUAUUUCAAACAGGCAUUUCAAAUUGGUAUAUUGCAUUUGUCAUUUGUUAGGCAUGAUGUCUUGUUGUCUUAAUCCAAUACUCUAUGGAUUUCUUAAUAAUGGAAUCAAAGCUGAUUUAAUGUCUCUUAUACACUGCCUUCAUAUGUCAUAAUUCUUAUUGUUUACCAAGGAAAUAACAUGUUGAAUAAAGUAUAUUCACGAUAACUGUGUAUAUCUAACAAAUACAUUUUGCUAAGUUAGGACAUUUAAUUUAUACAAAAGUUUUGGAUUGUAUGUCAAGUCAUGUGAAAUGGGAAAUAAUUUUAAUAUGUAAUAAUACAAUGAAUUCAUUUAGUUGAACAAAGUCAGUGUUAGUCCAAUUUGGAAUUCAUUUUAAAAAGUAGUUGUGUUAUCCUUUGUUUCAUCUAUCUUAUAAACAAAUGAAUUGUAAUAUUUUUGGUUUAAAAUAAAAGUUAUAUCUAA